UGUAGCUAUGUCCUGAGUAAACAAGGCAUGCUUCUAGGAAAUAGCACUGGGAAUUCACACACGGCUGACAGGUUGUUUUGUAACUAGGCAUUGUUUUACAUUUCUCUGCCACUUGGAAGCUCAUUGUAGCUGGAUCCAUAUAGAUGCAGCAUUUAGAAACUUCCCUGGAGAGUUUGACGAUUGAUCCAAAGAAGGCAGGAGGCGGGAUGAAAAGUCGGAGGGCACGGCUUCCUAAGAUCACCCUGCCCGAAAACCCACCUGCCAGUCCACAGCCUCCACGUCCUGAUUUGAAUUCAACAGCAACUUUGACAAUUGGAGAUAAAACAGUCGAGUGCGAUGCUACAGAUCUUGAGCCAAUCAAAUUGUUGGGCCGUGGUGCAUAUGGUGUCGUGGAGGAGAUGCGCCAUAGACCUAGCAAUACCAUCCUAGCAGUUAAGCGUAUCAUGGCAACUGUAAAUAACCAAGAAACAAAGAGACUGUUGAUGGACUUGGAUGUCAACAUGCGGAGUGGCUCCUGUCCAUACACUGUGCACUUCUAUGGAGCCCUGUUCAGAGAUGGGGAUGUAUGGAUCUGCAUGGAAGUGAUGGAGACAUCACUGGACAAAUUCUACAAGAAAAUAUAUUCAAAUGGUGAUAGAAUACCAGAAGAAGUGUUAGGCAAGAUAGCCUACUCUGUAGUGCAGGCCCUCCACUACCUACACACAGAACUGAAAGUGAUACAUCGGGAUGUAAAGCCAUCCAACAUCCUCAUCAACAUCAAAGGAAUGGUGAAAAUAUGUGACUUUGGCAUCAGUGGCUACUUGGUGGAUUCUAUAGCGCGGACUAAGGAUGCUGGAUGUCGACCUUACAUGGGGCCUGAAAGAAUAAACCCUGAACCCACGAAUCCUGACUAUGGCAUCAGGUCCGAUGUUUGGAGUCUUGGAAUUACAAUGAUUGAGAUUGCAACCGGUGUGUUCCCCUAUAGCAAGUGGAAGACUCCAUUUGAGCAGAUCAAACAGGUGGUGAUGGAGGAUCCCCAACUCCCCCCUGGACAGUUCACCCCCGACUUCGAAGAGUUUGUAGUCAAGUGCCUGAAGAAGGACUACAGGGAGCGGCCAAACUAUGUGAUGCUUUUGGAACACCCGUUCUGCAUCCAAGCUGAAAAGAAUGAAGUGGACAUGGCUGCCUUCGUUGGCUCAGUUAUAAAACGCUUUGGAGAUUUAAAUGAAAGUGUAAGAUAAAUUGUAGCUCACAUUAUCAACAUCCGGAGCCAUUCCAUGCCAAUUGUGGUGGUAAAAAGACCACAUAUCUAUUUAUUUGUAAGAUACUCUCCUUCCUUUGACAAAGUC